AUGGCCACGAUUUCAGAGCUUGCAAAGGAAGUAUCCUCCAAAGCAGCCGAGCUCGAACAACUCAUGAAUGAAGCAAGCUUGGCACAGCCUUCGUUCAGCGAGCACAGCGCUCACGACUUCGACUCCCGACAUUCCCAGAACACGAAUACUGAGGCGCUGCGUCGAGCGCGCAAUGCUUUGAUCAAUGCAACACAAGGUUUAACCCAACUGACCAUGGGUCCUAUCGACUACCUCUGCUCUCUAUCUUGGUCCGCAGCCAAAGUUGCCAAUUUGGGCAGUCUCAUACGACUGGAAAUUCCGCGGCGCAUUCCUCUUGGCAAGACUCGUAACCUGGACGAUUUAGUGGCCGAGAUAGGCUUACCGGCCGUCGUAACAACCCGCGUAAUUCGCUACGCCAUCGCCAACGGCAUCUUUUACGAGGAUCCGAUUAGCGUGAUCGGCCACACCGCUAGCUCUGCGAAACUCGCCUCCGACCGCGAUCUUCACAACUACUGCUUGAUGUGGUCGGCCGAGAUUUCCUCGCAUCUUGUAAAGCUCCCCGAGGCUCUUUACAAAAAACAGGUCUAUGGGCCGAAAGGCCCGGACUCUGCGGCCAAUCUUGCCUUUCCCGAAUAUGUGGACAUUUUUGAGUAUUUCGAGAAAAGGACCGAUGCGGCCCAGCGGUACUCGCUGUAUUUGGGAUCCCGCGCCAAGAUCCCUUGUUGGUCCGUUGAUUUCUUGAUUGGAGCUUGGGAUUGGGAUUCGCUAGGCUCCGGCACAGUUGUCGAUGUCGGAGGCUCUGCAGGGUCCACUAGUAUCAUCUUAGCACAGGCCUUCCCCUUUCUCCGUCUCGUGAGUGAAGAUAUCGCACCAGCAGCUCUCAAGGAAGGUGAAGCAGUCGUCCAACAGCUACAACUCGACUCACGCAUUUCUUUUGCGCAUCAUGAUUUUUUCAAGCCUCAGAAGAUAUCCGCCAAAGCAUACAUCUUCAAGAGCAUUUUACACGACUGGCCAGAUGAUAUCUGCAUAAAAAUUCUCCAGGCUUUGCUUCCAGCCCUUGAAUCUGGUGCGCAUGUGUUGAUUGCAGAGACGUUGAUGCCUGCAGCGCCUGCACUGCGGACCAAUGCGUGGGAUUUUGAAGGCAGAAGAGUCGAGGACCAGAUCAUGAUUGCAGGUCACGGCGCACAUGAACGAACCCUUGAACAGUUCAAGGCUAUAUUUGCAGCAGCAAGUGAUUCGUUCCACUUUGCAGGAGCCAAAGAAGGGGCUGAAGGGUCGAUGUUCUCUCUCAUAGACUUUGAGUUCCGCCAGGGCUAG